GCCCCGGCAGAGAGCUGAAGGGGAGUGUGUGUGUGUGCGUGUGUUUCUGUGCAUCCACUCGUCCGCUGGUCGAGCCCCUGGUAACCAGUGGGUGGCGUUGCUGCUGUCGUGGUCGUUUGCGGAGGGACAGAGAGGAAGAAGGAAACGAGAAGAAGAAUUUGAGGAACUCGAGGAGGGCCUGCCAUCAGAAUCAUCGUUUCUAUCUUUAUUCCACAGCUCUGGAAUCGCCCGAGAUAUUAUAACCCCGUUUUCAGUUUUUCGAGCGAGCCGAGAAAGAGCCCAGGAUACAUAUAUAUAUAUAAAUAAUAUAUAUUGAUCUGAUUCGGGUGUCCCGCUUUUCAAUGGCAUCGUCCUCAGGUACUUCUUCUUCGUCGUCUACAUCGCUCUCAGCUCCAACGGUGCCUUGCCUUCUUCGUUCGUGAUAACUAGAAGAAUAAGAAGGAGGAUCGGAUCCGGAGGAGAAAAAUAAAGUGCCACGCGACCGAAAAAAAGCAACGACGACCUACAGCGACCCACAGCGACCAGGAUCAUAAUGGGUAAAACCACGCUACUUUUUCAAUGGGUGAUUGUCAUCGCAAUCUCUCAGCUACAUGCAGUGCCAGUACGAGAUCGUGGUGGGAUCAUCUACGGAACAGAAUUCUUGAAGAUACUUGACCCACGCACACGGCUUCCACUCACUGAAAAUGAAGCAGAGAGUCCACCCAGCACAUCAUCUUUGCCGAGUGAGCCAACGUUAAGGGCCUCAGCAGCCUUAGAAACAAGUGCUUCAUCUACUAUCAGUUCAGCUUCCUCCUCCUCCUCCUCUUCAUCAGUGAGGUCUCGUGUGUUACCGACUGCAAGACAGAAAUCACGAGCCUUAAAUACCCUUCCUCUUGUAUCCUCUUCUAAUGAUCUUAAAAGCAUAAUAAAAUAUGGGACUAAAACCACUCCCAGUGAUACUUCAGCAAUACAAAGAACAAAGUCACAGCCAUCCACAGCAACUACUAAAGACAAAAGCACUACAAAUAACACCUCAUCAGUGUCACUGUCACAUGACAAAAAUGGUACUGAGUCAGUUUUAGAUUAUGACUACUACUAUUAUUACAUGGAUGAUUUGUCAUUGCAAGAAGACCCGAAGAAUUCCAGUGCAAUCAAAGAGGCAGGGACUCUGCCUUCUUCAUUGUCAAGUACACCUCAAAAUGUUGAAAGUCACUUGAGCAGUUUCAAAGACAUUACAACUCCAUUUACAGUAGUUCAGGCAACUACAGCUGAACCCCAGAAAGCAAGGCAAACUACAACCAAGGCUAUUGAAACUACUACAAGUACAACUUCAAAGCCUGCCAUUGCAAGAACCACCAGAACUACAGACACCCCUACCACUACCGUACCAACGAGAAUUAGAUCUGCAAAGUCGACAACGGUUCGACCAGCUGCUAACCCUCCUGUGAGCAGACCUCCUUUCAGGUAUCAAACUGAAGUUGCCCCAGAAUCUACAACAACUACUUCUACUGCAGCAGCUGAUCAACCCUCUACUCAAGAGAUAACUCUCGAGUUGGAUGACACUGUUACACCUGCUGAGCCAAAAGGGGAAUCUGAUGAUACAAAACCUAGAAAUGCACAGACAACAACUGAGACAACCAGCAGUGGCAACAACGUCCGCUCUGACACAAGAAAAUUAGUGGCAAGCAUUGAGAAACUUGGCACUGACAACACCUCUGCCACAGACCGCACAACAAGCCAAACAAUCAACAGUAGAAGAUGCAGUGUCAUCAACAAUUAA